ACUACCCAUUGUUGUAAAUGGCUAGCUUACAAGCUUCACAAGAUUGUUGCUCUCGAGUGAGAAAGAUCAUCAGAGAUAUACUGGAGAGACAGAAUCACACUUUAUCAGAAAUAGUUGGUGUUAACUCGUUGCCGACAUUUACUCGUCUGAUGAGAAGCAAAAGACUAAUCACAGUCGAUGUCACCAGGAUAGAUCAAAGCGGUCAGUUUGAGGCCAUCAUGCACGACUACAGAGCUGUUAUUCCUUUAAAACAAGACAUGGAAAGCUUAGAAAGUCAUUGCAAAAUGUUGCUGGAGAUAUUAGAAGAACUAGAGGGUCCUGCAAUUGAAGCUGCCAAGGUCUUAUGUUGUGAACUAAGAAAGGAAGUAAAAGAAGCUACUGGGAUUGCCUUUUUAUCCGACAACAGUGAACUGCAUCCUUCCAUACCACCACAGGGUAAACGCUCAAACUCUGAAAGUGCUAUUCCACAAGAAGAUAUUAAUCAUUUACAUGAAAAAAUCGAACGCUCUCGUUCGGAUGAUCAUCUUGAUCACAGGAAGAAACAACCCAUUUCAAAACUAACGUCAGUGACAGAAGAGUCUCCUGGUGCUUCAAGUUCAAAUACCGGUACACACUCUUCAGAUAUUAAAGGAUCUAAUUUGAUUCGUCCAUCGUCUUUGACAACUUGUGAAAAGGAAGUAACUGCUGAAACAGCUGUUGCUGAUUCUGGAGUCAUUUCCUUUCCUGCUUCGUCACCUGGUCAGCCACCAUCUUCACAGCAAUAUGAUGCUAUUUCUAGCCCUGAAGCUCCCAAUGAUUACACUAUACAUGAGCCUGUUAAUAAUACAGAAAAUGCAACUUCUAAUUUACAUGUAAUGGUUCCUGGUACAGUUAGCAGUAAUGGAGAGGCUACUAAUACUAAUGCACCAUCAGAUAGAGGUGAUGAGCCUAAUCACAAGCAGCCCACUCAAAGCACGGAAGAAGAUCAAUCACAUGUAAUUGUGCUAACAAACAGUAAAUCUGUAAACCCAACUUGUCAGAUACAGCUAGAAAAGACAGAGCCAGAUUCAACUGAGAGCAGUUAUAGCCAUGCCGAGGAAAUUCGUGACAAAAAUCGCCAAAUAAAGAAACUCGAAAAUGAUUGCAGACAGAUUGAGGAAGAGCUGGAGCUUAUUAAAAAUGAGAAAGCAACUCUAGUUAAAAGUAAAGAUGAUCAUAUACUAAGAAUUAGGAAAGAACUCGAAGCGGCAAAAAGGGCAUAUGAAUCGGACAUUAAGAAAACAGUUGAACGAAUGAAGGCCAAGAGUGAUCAAAAAAUUAAGGAAAUCGAAGAAAAAUUAGAAGAAAAGAAUGAAAAAUUCCAAGAAGCUAAAGCUAAACUGCAAGAAGCUAAGAAAGAGUUGAUGGAAACUAAAGAGGAAAAAGAAAAGGAGCUACAAGAAGUUAAAAAUGAAUUUAAAGAGUACAAAGAAGAAAAGCGUAGCGAACUAUCUGCAGCUAAGAGUGAGCAUAAGAAAGAGAAAGAAGAGCUCAAAUGUGAAUUACAAGAGAAGAAGGAAGAAAUGAAAGAAAUAAAAAAAGAGAAGAGUGAUGAAAUAAAAGAAAUAAAGAAAGAGAAGAAGGAAGAAUUAGAAGAACUAAACACAGAACUUAGUGAAACUAAAAAACAGUUGCAAGAAGCCAAACAAGAAAUAAAAAGGCUCAAAAAGAAAGAGAAAGAACUAGAGGAGAAAGAGAAAGAACUAGAAGAGAAAAAGAAAGAACUAGAGGAGAAAGAUGAAGAACUUGAAAAAAUAAAGAAAGAACUAAAGAAUGCAAAACAUCAAUUGGAAGAAUCACAAAAAGGUAAAGAAGAUAGUUGACUAAGAAAUUUAUGCGGUGCAUGAAUUAUGCCAGUUUUGUAAGUAUUUGUAAUUUUUUGCUUUUUAUUUAUUUGUAGCUCUAACAAAAGUUUUUAAUUCAUUUUUAUUGCUAAUAUUUUAUGUGAUUGUGAAUGCCUCAUUUACUUACAAAUUAAAAGCAA